UUGGAUUAAUACCGGUAAAAGAGGUUUUGGUUAGGGGCGACGGUCCGCAGAGGAAGAUUGGAAAACCCUAAUUAAACAACAUCGCCGCACUUCCACACACUCGCAGUAGGCAGUUGAGUUUAGUCCUCGGAAGAGAAGGAGACAGAGUGUAAAGAUGAGCCGAGCAGCAGUAGCAGCAGCGAAAGGCGGGAAGAAGAAGGGGGCAACGUUCGUAAUUGACUGUUCGAAGCCAGUGGAUGACAAGAUUAUGGAGAUUGCUUCUCUUGACAAGUUCCUUCAGGAGAGAAUUAAGGUUGGUGGCAAAGCUGGUGCACUUGGGGAUUCCGUUACCGUUACCCGUGACAAGAACAAGAUCACCGUCACUUCUAAUUCUGCUUUUUCCAAGAGGUAUCUCAAGUACCUUGUCAAAAAGUACUUGAAGAAAAAUAACGUCAGGGAUUGGCUUAGGGUGAUUGCUGCCAACAAGGACAGGAAUGUUUACGAAUUACGAUACUUCAACAUUGCUGAGACUGAGGCGGAUGAAGAAGAUUAAACAUGGCCAUUCGAUGUCGCUUUAUCUUCUUCUUUAGUCGACCAAAUUUAGAACCAUUUUAUCUGUUAAGACAUGCGUCUUAUCUGCACAUGUCUAGACUGUCACA